UCCCCGCCCGCCCCGGGCCUGGAUUCUCCGCUUCGGAGCCUUAGUUUCGCCAUCGGUUUGGAAUCUGAGAUGCAGGUCCUGCCUUAUGACCUUAGCACAUGCUGUUUAGCUACCUAGGUCACUCUUCACGCCCUCUUUGUCCCGUUAACCCCUGCACCCUUCAGGAUGUAACGUCCUCAGGGAGGACCCGAUAGAGUUACCAAGUUUAGCAAAUAAAAAUACAGUCCUCCUAGUUAAAUGUGAAUUUCAGAUAAAUGAAUAAAUUUUUAGUAUAUCCCAAAUAUUGCCUGGGACAUAGUUAUACUAAAACGUUACUCCUUGUUUAUCUAAAAUCUACAUUUAACUGGGUGCCCUGUAUUUUGCCUGUCACCCAGACCCCCUGACCAUCCUGUGUAGCCUCCUCCGUUAGACUGACAGGCCAGCGAGGGCAGGGACCCAGACUGAUUCUUAGUGGUCACACGGUAGGCGUUUGAUGUAUACUUUUGACAGAUGGAACAACUCGGAGACUGCGAAUGUCAUCAUUCGCCCGUCUUUUACAAAUGAAAAAACUGAGCAGGGCGAGGCGUGAGGUCAUUAGAACUGUGUCCUCUUCCCGUCUUCCCGAAGUACAGGCGGGCUGCCCGCUCUCUCCGUCCAAGAACCAGAAAAUUAGCCGCGAGAAAACACCCCCGGAGACCCCGCCCAUCUGGUGCCUGGAAUUCCACCAUCUGCGCUUUAUUUCGCGAGCCGGCGCUGUCCUGGGUUAACCUGAAAGUAAUCUUUGAGACUCCCCUUUCUGGCUUCCGGGGAGCCAGAGACAGACCGGACACUCAACUCUGCAGGAGCAGACCUGGGCCAGAGUAGUCCAGAAGGGAAAGAAGACUGUGCUGGGGGUCCUUGGGAGGUUUCCUGGCGGAGGGGGACCUUGGAGCUAGGCACUGAGGCAGAGUUUGUCAAAUGAAGAAGGGUAUCCGAGGCCGAGGGUACGGCGGGAGGGAAAGAUGGGGAGGGGCGAGAAACUGUAGAGUUACGAGAAAACAAGUAGAAGUCUUCCCAGAAAUUUUGACAAGAUUUUCCCAGAGCCAAUGCGUAGGUCCCCCGGAACUCAUCACUCCCGCCACUGAGACGCUCUUGCUUCGACUCAAACACUCGCCUCUAUAAUUCCCACUGCUCUAUGCCAAGCCCUGUCCUUACUUCCACCUCUCACUUCCGGUGUCUAGGAUCCCGGCCGCUCUAGGAUCCUAAAAAUUCUGUCUAAUGUUGCCGGUGGAACACCCUUUCACUGCACCCCGGCGGGCAAGCCCCUUGCCUCUUUCCCUGGCAUCAGCCAGUAGAAGCGAAGAUCUUCAGUGGGUGGGCGGUACGUCUUCUAAGGGGCCCAAUGGUAAUCGAGAAUCGUUGAGCGCUUUACCAGUCGUGCCGCGGAGUGGGCGGGGCUUCCUGCCUGGACUUGCAGACUCCCGGGCUGGUCCCAGACCGUGCACGCGCCAGGGCAGUGGCGCCCCGGCCCCCGGUUCCGGAGCCACUGUCUUCGCGCUGAGCUCCGGCCAAGGCCGCUGCGGCAUCGCGGUGAUCCGAACCAGCGGCCCCGCCAGCGGCCAGGCCCUCCGGAGCCUCACGGCCCCCCGGGACUUACCCCCGGCCCGCAAAGCCUGCCUACGCCUGCUCAGCGACCCCCGCUCUGGGGAGCCUUUGGACCGCGCGCUGGUGCUUUGGUUCCCGGGUCCCCAGAGUUUCACGGGUGAGGAUUGCGCGGAGUUCCACGUGCAUGGAGGCCCGGCUGUGGUGAGUGGUGUCUUGCAGGCCCUGGGCAGUGUGCCAGGGCUGCGACCUGCGGAGGCAGGCGAGUUCACCAGGAGGGCGUUCGCUCACGGGAAGCUGAGCCUGACCGAGGUGGAGGGGCUGGCGGAUCUGAUCCAUGCAGAAACAGAGGCACAGCGGCGGCAGGCCCUGAGGCAGCUAGAUGGGGAGCUGAGCCAUCUCUGCCGCGGCUGGGCCGAGACCCUCACUAAGGCUCUGGCCCACGUGGAGGCCUAUAUCGAUUUUGGUGAGGAUGACAACCUGGAAGAGGGCGUCCUGGAUCGAGCUGACAGUGAAGUGCGGGAGCUGGAGGUGGCACUGGGCGCACAUCUUCGAGAUGCCAGGCGCGGACAGAGGCUCCGCUCAGGGGCUCAUGUAGUGGUUGCGGGACCUCCCAACGCCGGCAAGAGCAGCCUAGUGAACCUGCUCAGCCGGAAGCCUGUGUCCAUCGUAUCCCCGGAGCCUGGGACCACCCGAGAUGUGCUGGAGACCCCCGUGGACCUGGCCGGGUUCCCGGCGCUGCUGAGCGACACGGCGGGGUUGCGGGAGGGCGUGGGGCCUGUGGAGCAGGAGGGCGUGCGGCGCGCCCAAAAAAGGCUGGAGCAGGCUGACCUCAUCCUGGCCGUGCUGGAUGCUUCUGACCUGGCCUCUCCGUCCAGCUGCAACUUCCUGGACACCGUUGUCAUCCCUGCGGGAGCCGGGAGCCCAAAUGGGUGCAGCCAGCGCCUCCUGCUGGUGCUGAAUAAGUCGGACCUGCUGCCAGCUGGGGGCCCAGAUCCCAGUGCUGACCUGCCCCCUUACCUGUUGCUGUCCUGCCUGACUGGCGAGGGGCUGGAUGGCCUCCUGGAAGCGCUGAGGAAGGAGCUGGCUGCAUUGUGUGGGGACCCAUCCACAGGCCCACCACUUCUGACACGGGCGAGGCACCAGCAUCACCUCCAGGGCUGCCUGGAUGCCCUUGGCCACUACAAGCAGGCGAAAGACUUAGCCCUGGCGGCCGAAGCACUUCGGGUCGCCCGAGGGCACCUGACCCGCAUCACCGGCGGAGGGGGCACCGAGGAGAUCCUGGAUAUCAUCUUCCAAGACUUCUGCGUGGGCAAGUGAGGGGGCGGCCAAAGCUCAGACCCAGGCUGGGUGGACACCCAGAAGCCUUGAGGCAUCUGGGAACAGCUUAGGCCAAGUGGGAGUCUCAGCCCCUAGGGGAAGAACUUGACCCCAAACGGUGAAGCCUCUGUGGCUGGUUGUGACCAAGCCACAGCUGUCCAGAUUCCCUAGCAGGGACUUGCUGGGGGUUCAGGCCCAGGAGUGGGGCUGAAUGGAGGUCUCUUUUGGCACUUGAUGCUGGGGGACUAGGAGUGGAGGGUUGGGAUGGAGGUCAGAGGGUCUCAGGGGUCUUUGUUUCAUAGUUUUUAACUUAUUUUGCAAAUACCAAAGGAAUAUAAAAAACUCAGGUGAUCCGGAAACAUUUAAACGCCCCCUCCCUGGGGUCACAGCUUAACUUGUAUAGUUCCAGAACUUUCUCUUCAUGUUUGCAUACUUGGGACUGCACCUAUAAAGUAUGCUGUAUCUUGUAUUUUGUA